UUGCCAUGGCAGUGGCCAGGCGCGUUGCUGGGCGGAGGGAAGAUGGCGGUGACUAGCUGGCUGGAGCUUUUGCGGUCAGCCGAGAAGACGGCGCUGCUGCAGGAUGGGAAGAGGAUGGUGCACUAUUUGUUCCCAGACGGGAAGGAAAUGGCGGAAGAAUAUGAUGAGAAGACCAGUGAACUCCUUGUGAGAAAGUGGCGUGUCAAAAAUGCCCUGGGAGCCAUGGGCCAGUGGCAGCUUGAAGUGGGGGAGCCAGUGCCUUCAGGAGCUGGGAGCCUGGGACCCGAGCUCAUCAAGGAAAGUAAUGCCAAUCCCAUCUUCAUGCGCAAGGACACCAAAACAAGUUUCCAGUGGCGGAUUCGAAAUCUCCCCUACCCAAAGGAUGUGUAUAGUGUGUCUGUGGCCCAGAAGGAGCGCUGCAUCAUUGUUAGAACGACAAACAAAAAAUACUACAAGAAGUUCUCCAUCCCUGACUUAGACAGACACCAGCUUCCUCUGGAUGAUUCUGCACUGAGCUUUGCCCACGCCAACUGCACCCUGAUAAUCUCUUAUCAGAAGCCGAAGGAGGUCAUGGCAGCUGAGUCAGAGCUACAGAAGGAGUUAAAGAAGGUAAAGACGGCCCACAGCAGUGACGGGGACUGUAAGACACAGUAGCUGUCCUGAGCCUUGCACUCCAGUGUGGAGGAACCCAGGAGACUUCCGGGCUUGGGUUUUGUGGUGCAGGCAGCCUCCUCUCUUCUAAGAACUACAGAGUCCACAGAGCUGGCUCUUGGGGCACAGUUUGCUUCCACCUGUGGAUUUAUUCCUCAGUAAAGUCAUGUGCAGUUGCUCUGGAA